AUGUUGCAAUUUGACGAUCCUACCGCGGGUAUGGCAGAACGACGUGCAAGCCCACCCUGGGAAGAGAUGGAGAGUGGGGAAGAGAGAUCCGAAAGCAGAAACAACCAAGCCCUGCCAACACUGGUCAACGUUUACGGGUACUUUGAAGAAAGCGAAUCCAAUACAUGGGCCCUCCUACGCCAAUGCGGAUUGCACGACAGGAGCAAACCACAUGAGUACAACACGAUGAUGCCGUCCACCCUCAUCAACGACGUCCAACAAGAACUAAAGGAUCUGCCAGCUCGAGGCAUCGUGGACUUCCUGAUACAGUACUUCUUCGAAGACAUCAAUUGGAUCAACCAGAUCGUCCAUCCGCCUCGCCUGCUUGCACAAUACGAGGACUGGUGGAAAAUGGAUACAAUAAGCCGGGUCGCAGACCUGGAGUUCGCUGUCUUGAUGCUGCGAAUCUGCGCAUACGCUUCCCACUUCCUACCGUCGCAAAAGUAUACUGUAGAUACGAUCAAGGGUAGACCACUGUCUGAUAUUCGGAGUAACUGUGACCGGCUCGCUGGACGACUUGAAGGCAUCUGCAACGCCGCAGUGCUACGUGGGUCGCUCGUGCGGGUUCAGUACAUGGCUUUUACGGCCAUGUGUUAUGAAUGCGACAGCCGCAUCAAGUUGUCCUGGGCUACUCUGUGUUGCGCCAUCAGAGAAGCUCAGGAGGUAGGACUCCAUAGGGAGCCUCCGAAGCGGGGCGACGAUGGCAUGGACGAUCUAGAAAGAGAAUUGCGGCGCAGGAUGUUCUGCAACCUGUACGUUUGGGACUAUCGCCUUGCAAAAGCCCUUGACCGCGUUCCGUUUCUUGUAGAUGCGUACUGCACCGUAAGUCUGCCGCAGAUGCAUCUGCACCCCACCAUCGCCAACCUCCAAGCACCGGACCUGUUCACCGAGAGAGUACUUCAAGCACAACUGGUACGGUUCUGGAAGAAGCUCGAAGCCGGCAAUAGCGCCCCUGGGGCUCGGCCGUACGAUCCCGUUAUUGCUGAAGAACGUUAUCAGAGGUUUUGUAAUGAGUUCCUUCCAGAACUCCCUGCCCCGUUUGCCUUGGAACCGAACACCGAUUGGGACAAGCACAUACCCGAACUUCCUCGCCAAAGAGUAUUGUUCCAUGUCGCUCUCUUCGAGUCAGUCAUGCACAACUUCAGGCAACUGCUCCGUUUAGACCAGCAUCACCUACGCAGCCUGCCAAAUUCCAGGAUGGCCCUCGUCACCCAGCACCGGCACACACUGGCCACCGCUGCGAUGGGCUUAUUCCAAAGCGUCACAUCACUGCAUGCAAUGAUGAGCUUCAACCAGACCAAGCUAUCGUUGGUUAUUUUCUAUCAUUUUGAGACGGCGGUAGUCUUGAGCCUGUGCAUACUACAAGCCUGUGAUUCGAAUGGCAUGCAAGAUCUGGAACACAUCAAUUUCUUCAGCCUGCAUAGCCCGCUGUCUCCAAACAUGAUCGAUAUCUCCCAAAGCCAGUGCCUGCGAGCUAUCAAGGAGGCCCGGCGCCAACUCGAGAUGAUGUCUCUAGGUAGCGUCAUGGCAGAGACGGGAGCGCAUCAAUUGGGUAUACUAGUAGAUCAUGUCCAGGCAACACUGGCUAGAUCAGGCACACAGACACGAUCCAUGCCAUCGACUGAAACUCUAACCUAUAACUCAAGCUCUUCAACAUCCUAUGGGAAUGGCCACGCUCACGGGGUCUCAUCAGAGCUGCCGUUUACCUUCCAGCGGCAGGAAGGGCCCACGGCGAAUGCGUUCCGAACUGACAGCAAUGUGUUUGAAGGCUUGAUGCUGUGGGAUCUGUCCACUGAUGCGUUACCUCUCGAUCCAAGCUUCUUAGGCUUGGAACAGCUUCAUGAAAUGAGCGAAUUACAACCGAAUAUGGGCUUGUGA